GGUCAUCUCGCUCGGAUGACACAGCUGAACAUGGAGAAGGGCUGCGAGCUAUGAGUUCAAUCCUGAGAAGAUCUGAGACCGUUGGGGAAAUGGCAGAUAUUCUGGAGCUGCGCACAGAUGGAAACUCGCUUCUGAAGGCGGUGUGGCUCAAACGCCUGAGACUCACAAGGCUCCUGCUGGAAGGAGGUGCAUACAUCAAUGAGAGCAACGAGCGCGGAGAGACGCCGCUCAUGGUGGCCUGCAUGUCCACGCACACUGACCAGCAAAGCGUGAGCAAGGCGAAGCUCGUCAAAUAUCUACUGGACAACCAGGCCGACCCCAAUAUACAGGACAAAGCAGGCAGGACGGCUCUGAUGCAUGCUUGCAUCCACAAGGCUGGACAUGAAGUGGUGGAUCACCUGCUGAGCAACAGUGCUGAUCCCAGUCUGGAGGACCGGAGUGGAGCCUCAGCUCUGGUUUAUGCCAUUAAUGCAGACGAUAAGGAGACACUAAAAUUACUUUUGGAUGCGUGCAAAGCUAAAGGAAAAGAAGUCAUCAUAAUCACAACAGACAAGUCGCCGUGUGGCACCAAAACUACCAAGCAGUAUCUAAAUGUUCCUCCAUCUCCAGAGAUGGUGGAGAGGCCUUCCUCUGAGUACUGCACCUCUCCUUCUGAUGUCGAUGUUAGUGAGUCUCCAGCAUCUGAGCAAGAGAAACAAAACACAGUCUUCAGUUUCCAGACCAAGCUAAAAUCCUCGAGCGCAGCUGCAAAGCUCACCAACGGGCCCACAUCUCCAACUCGGCGGCCGGCGAACGCCAAGCGCGCUCGUUUGCCUCAGUUGAAGCGGCUGCAGUCAGAGCCCUGGGGGCUGAUCGCUCCCUCCGUCCUCGCGGCUGCAGCUGCGGCUGCCGCCCAUGAGGAGAGUAAGAAAGUCAGCUCGGAUGAGGACGUUGUUGCAGGUGUGAACGGUCUCUCUCUGAGUAAGAGGUCAGCCUUGUCCCGACAGAACAGCGUGGAUGGGAAGGACAGCCUGUUCCCACUGGUGGGGGAGCAACCCUGCAAAAUGACAAGCUCACUAUCAGUUCCUCCAACGUCUAAACAGUCGUACGAGAGAUCCCUUGGCCAGCACCAGCCGCUGGCUCGCCGCAGCACAGUUCCCAUGGAGCAGGAGAGCGGCGGCUGCAGCAGUGGACCAGUCAGUCUGAGAGACACGGUGCAGAGGAGACGUCUGGGGAAUGAUCACUACGACUCAGACUCACAGCUCUAUUCAGACUCUGCCAUGCUAGACUCUCCUAAAGUUCCAGUAGAGCGAAGGAAACUGAACACUUCCCCUCUUGCAUUGCUUACCAGUUCCAGAGAGUCUCUUGACAGUAACACGUCAUCUCCUUGCACGGCGCGAAGGCGUGGGCCUGGCCUCCUGGAGAGGAGAGGCUCGGGUACGCUACUGUUGGACUACAUCUCCCACACCAGACCCGGCAUCCUGCCCCCUCUUAACAUCAACCCUAACCCUCCCAUUCCAGAUAUUGGGACUAGCAACAAACCCUCCUCACCUCUGACCGCAGGUAUUAAAUCCAUAGCUCCAGUAGCACCAAACACACCAAAGAGAGGAGGCCUCAAGCCCAAGAAGAAACUUGUGAGAAGGCAUUCUAUGCAAGUGGAGCAGAUGAAACAGCUUUCUGACUUCGAGGAACCUGCUCAUUAGUUAGUUCUAACAUUCAUUCAGCAAAUACUGUGGCAGUAGAAAUGUAUACAACAUUAC